UUUUAUUUCAAAUUUAACCUACAAGAUGCUCCCCGGUUUUUCGGAGUAUUGCGCGGAUGCGCAAGUAGAUUCACAAGAACCAGCUGCGGAUAACAACAGCCGACAAAAAUCCACCUCAAACCUGUUUUUCGGUGGAAUCAAGCGCACCGGCUCGCAGUAUUUCAAGGAGACCCCCUACCAGGAGCUGUUCCAACCCG